AUCCCCCCCAACCUGCCUUGCUCCGUCACGCUGCAGCCGGGUCCGGAGGACACGGGGAAGGCCUGCGGCGUGGACUACGAGGUCAAGGCUUUCUGUGCCGAGAACCUGGAGGAGAAAAUUCACAAAAGGAACUCGGUGCGCCUGGUGAUCCGUAAGGUCCAGUACGCACCGGAGCGACCCGGCCCCCAACCCAUGGCAGAGACCACCCGGCAGUUCCUCAUGUCGGACAAACCGCUGCACCUCGAGGCGUCCCUGGACAAGGAGAUCUACUACCACGGUGAGCCCAUCAGCGUCAACGUCCAUGUCACCAACAACACCAACAAGACGGUGAAGAAGAUCAAAAUCUCAGUGCGCCAGUACGCCGACAUCUGCCUCUUCAACACCGCCCAGUACAAGUGCCCGGUGGCCGUGGAAGAUGCCGACGACAUGGUGGCCCCGAGCUCCACGUUCUGCAAAGUCUACACCCUGACCCCCUUCCUCGCCAACAACCGGGAGAAGCGGGGGCUGGCGCUGGACGGCAAGCUGAAGCACGAGGACACCAACCUGGCCUCCAGCACGCUGUGA